AUGCAGGCCUGUCCAACACAAAUUAAUCUGCCUUCGCUCCGUUUAGCGCCGAAUUGCCGCGAUGAUUCUGUAAACGAUGACACAAUGGCUGCUGGUGGUGUACAAAUUACUGUCACUAAUGGCGAUAAAGAAGAGGCUGUACCGGAAAACGGAUAUGUUGAGAUGAGCAGUACCAAUUCUUCAGAGCGCUCAAAGUCUGGGCUAUUGGCAUUGAAUUGGGACGACUGUGAAACGAGACGAGUGAAGACCUUGAGACCAGCACUAUGCAGGAGUCUGUCGCACAAUUGUGAUUUGUACUCAUGGCAUAAUGAGUAA